AUGCUUAAAGAAGAGUAUGGUUACCCAGAUACUCUUGACUUUAGUGACAGAUAUAAAGAAGCUAUUAGAAAGUUCAAUGAAGGAAAUACUGACCCGAACCUAUUUAGCUUUAUGGCUCAGCACCAUAAAGGAUAUAAUCUCAAACCUGGAAAAUACAAGCUCGCUAAGGGAUAUGAUUUAAUAGCAUAUCAUCCAAAUGACAUGAACGAAUUUACUCCGAGAUAUUUGGUGUCAGAGCUAAAUGACAAUACAACUCUCUUCAUGAAACGCGUAAAAAAUAGAGACGGAACGAAAGAAGAAAGGUUUAUGAGUCCGGAUGACUUAGAUAGGGAAAUUGUUGAAAACGGUCUCGGAAUAUAUGAAAUGCCAGCAGAUGAGGUACAAGAAACUCCACAGGAAGAAGUUCAGAUACAACCAGACAUGGAAGAAAUAGUUCAGCAACAACAGCUAGAAGAGCCUGAAGGAAACGAACAAGUCCCUCCUUUGGAAACUAACUUCACAGAACUAGAUGAAGAUUUGGAACAGCCGAAAAAUCUUGACCCUCAACAAGAGUAUGCGGAGAAUAUGGAAUCUUUCCAAGAGUAUAAGAAAAAUUCGGCUGACAUAGUAGAAGAAUAUCGAAAAAUGUUUGCCGACAUACAAAAGACUCCAACACCAGAUGAAAAUAUUCAGCAUAGAAUGGAAGUACUGAAAGAAAAUGUAAGCAAAUACAACAACCCUUUUUACUUACGACCAUUUAACGUUCAAUCUUCGGAUGAACUCGGUGAAAAUAAAAGGUUAAAUUUCAAGAAAACAUAUAGAAAUGAAACAUUGUUUAAAGUUCAUUCAGAACCUAACCAAGAUGGAAACAAACCUACUUUUGUUUCUGCAGACUAUGGAACUACAAUGAGAUGGGGUCAUAAAGCUAAUCCGGAUAGGUGGUUCAUAAACUUACAACCACAAUUCCAAGAAGUUGUAGACGCAAUGGAAUUGAAUGGUGAACGAGAUAUAGCUGGUAUUUUAAGCGCGGCUUUAAUGCCAUUGAAAGAUAUGAAACAUGCAGAUAUUUUGGACCAGUAUGAAAUGAACAUGGCUGAUGGAAAUAUAACACCUGACGUUCUAGAACAUUUAUCUCAAAGAACUACACAGAACCAUAGAGAUGGUAUAUUUGGUGAAGAGUUUAGAAAGAAAGUUAGGGAGAGAGAAGGAAGAGAACCUAUUGUAC